AUGAAGUCCGAAAUGAAGAAAAAAAGAGUGACCCCUAUUCCCAAAACUCCUUAUAACACCAACGAUCAUGUGAAAGAAGGGUCUAGGGAUGAGCUUUGCAUCAGCCCGAGCUGUUUCUUUUGCACCAUGAGAGAACCAGAUGCAUCUCACAGAAGGGCUGAAAUAGAGAGUUGCUUCAAAGAAAUGCCUGAGGGAGAGAAUCAAGAACAUGUCUUGGUGCUGAGUGGACUAUGGAACAUCGCAAUGAGCCAACCCAAUGACCCAGAGUUUCCUUCCCUUGGCAUAUUCAAGUGCAUGGCAAAUCUAAUCCACAAAGGUGUAAACGACAGGCACUGGCUUCUCACGAAUCAAAACAUAUACAUACCCUAUUAUGCAGCUCAUAUCAUUGGCUCUUACACUAUGAACAAGGAGGAGUUUGCUCAACUAGCUGUGCAAUCAGGUGUCAUACCCCCAUUACUAGAGUUGCUUCGUGGCAAGAUUAGUUGGGUUGAGCAAAGAGUUGCUGUUCGAGCACUUGGUCACUUGGCCAGUUACAAAAGUACCUUCGAAUCAGUAGCACAGUGCGAACAAGAGGUGGUGAAACUGGCCUUGGACUUGGCUUCCACUUGCUUAGAAGUGGUCUAUGUUGACUUCGUAGCUGUGAAGGAUGUGAAGAAAAGACUCGAGUACCAUAGAAACUUGCUAACUAGAGGGGUUGGCGAUUUGGAAAUGGAGAAUCGCAAGGCAGAAGAAUGGUGUAGUCAACUUCAGUGCUGGUCUCUUUAUCUGCUGAAUUGUUUUGCUUGCAAAGAUAGGUCUCUGGAUCUCAUUUGCAAAACGGUGUUUCUGAAGGACUUGUGCGAUAUGUGGGGCGGGUUGAUAAAUCAUACAUCGCCAGCUGGGGUUGGAUUGAUUAGAAUCUUGUGUUAUAGUAAAAUAGGAAGGAAAAGCAUUGCUGAGUUACCAAAAGUUUUAAUGGCUCUUGGUAACCUUUCAAGAUCUUCAGAUGAUUGGCAGUAUAUAGGUAUCGAUUGUCUUGUUCUGCUUCUCAAGGACCCAGAUACGGGGUACAAAGUUAUUGAUGUUGCCGCUUCAUACCUCGUUGAUUUGAUUGAACUUAGAAGCCUUGGAGAUAAAUCAAACGUGGGUGAGACCAUCACAAGGGUGCUCCUUUUAGAUAGUAAAAAGUUAAUAUUCACCAACAGACAAAAAGUUGAAGCAACAAUACAAGAGGUGGUAGAUUUGAAGGUGGAUAGGAGGAAUAAGGAGAAGCUAAUGUCUGAAGAGAAAUUAGAGGAAACAAGGGUUUUGAUGAGUUUGAUAAAGCAACAAGCGAAUCACAUGUUCAGGUUGGGAAAGGUAGAAGAGGCUUUAGUGAAAUAUUCUGAAGCACUUGAUGUUUGUCCUUUGAGGUUUAGAACAGAAAGAAUGGUGCUUUAUAGUAACAAAGCGCAGUGUAAUCUGUUGCUUAAAAACGCGGAUUCAGCCAUCAGUGACUCAACGCGUGCUCUUUGUCUCUCCAACCCGGUAAACACACACGGCAAAAGCCUUUGGAGGAGAUCACAAGCAUAUGACAUGAAAGGCAUGGCCAAAGAGAGCCUCAUGGAUUGCAUAAUGUUCAUGAACGGUUGCAUCAAGUCAAAUGAGACCAAGCGUGUCAAGAUUCCAUACUACGCCGCCCGCAUGAUCAGCAAACAGAUGGAUGCCACGUGGAUCUUCGCCACUGCUCGCUCAAAGGUGAAAAAAACAAAAGAGUUGAAUCAAAUUGGCGGGGAUGAAGAUGCGAACGAGGGCAACCAUGAAGAGCGACCACCUGAUCAUAAGGCGCUGAUGAUGAUGGUGAUGGAAAAGAAAAACAUUCUCAUGCACGGUCUGUCAACCAUUAGUGAAGAACCUUUUUACGCAAAAGAAGCUGGUAGGAGAAAGAUGGAAAGGGCAAGAAGAAGAUUAAAGAAAGGUGUUGUAGCUCAACCAACGUAA